AUGACUUCUGGACAGCCAAAACGUGUUGCAUAUUAUUAUGAUAGUGAUGUUGGAAAUUUUUAUUAUGGACAAGGGCAUCCAAUGAAACCACAACGCGUUCGUAUGACACAUAAUCUUUGUCUUAAUUAUGGUUUAUACAGGAAGAUGGAAAUAUAUAGACCUAUUGUUGCUACAUUUGAAGAAAUGGCUAAAUUUCAUUCUGAUGAUUAUUUAACUUUUCUUAAUACAAUAAGACCUGAUAAUAUGUCUAAUUUUGAAAAGCAAAUGAGUUUAUUUAAUGUUGGUGAAGAUUGUCCUGUUUUUGAUGGAUUAUUUGAAUUUUGUACUAUUUCUUGUGGAGGAUCUAUUGCUGCAGCAAAAAAAUUAACCGAAAGACAAUGUGAUAUUGCUAUUAAUUGGAUGGGAGGUCUUCAUCAUGCAAAAAAAUCUGAAGCAUCUGGUUUUUGUUAUACUAAUGAUAUUGUUAUUGGUAUACUAGAACUUCUUAAUGAAUAUCAACGAGUUCUUUAUGUAGAUUGUGAUCUUCACCAUGGUGAUGGUAUUGCUGAAGCUUUCCUCACUUCUAACCGCGUUAUGACUGUUUCUUUUCACAAGUAUGGUGAUUUUUUCCCAGGAACAGGAGAUUUAAGUGACAUUGGUGCUGGUGAGGGUUUAAAUUAUGAUGUUAAUUUCCCCUUAAGAGACGGUAUUGAUGAUUUAACCUAUGAAGCUAUUUUUGUUCCUGUUAUGGAACGUGUCCUCCAACAAUUUCGUCCAGAAGCUAUUGUACUUCAACUUGGAGCUGACUCUUUAACUGGUGAUCGACUCGGAUGUUUUAAUCUUACACUUAAGGGUCAUGGAAAAUGUGUUGAAUUUAUGAAAAAACAAGGGAUUCCUUUAAUGAUGUUAGGUGGUGGUGGUUAUACUGUUAGAAAUGUUUCAAGGUGCUGGACAUAUGAAACAGGUGUUGCUCUAGAUACCGAACUUUCAAAUGAUCUCCCAUAUAAUGAUUAUUUUGAAUAUUUUGGACCCGAUUUUAAAUUACAUAUUUCUCCAAGUAAUGUUCCAAACAAUAAUACUAGGGAAUACUUACAAAAAACUUCUUUACAAAUUUUUGAGAAUUUACGUCAUGUAGACGUUGCUCCAUCUGUUCAAUUUCAUGAAAAACCAUCUUCAUAUUUAAAAUAUGAUGAAGAUUCCACUGAGGAUAUGAUGGACACGGAUACACGUUUACCCAAUCAUAUAACUGACAAAAUAGUAGAAAAUCCGGCAGAAUUAUAUGAUACUGAAAAAGAAGGUGAGGUCCCUGGAACAGAUAUUUCAUAUGCUAAUAUAGAAAAUGCCCCUAUAAAUGAAAUAUCAAAGGAUCAGCCAAUGGAAACGUCAAAUGAACCAAGUACAACAACGAUUGAAAAUCAAAUGAACUAA